AACUCGAUCGAUGGCUUCGACGGAAAGAAAUGUUCUCGUUUCUUUAGGAUAUUUAUUUUUAUUUGCUAUUUCAUUAUCGCAUGGAUGGGAAUCUGAAGAUUUUGAGUUGUUUGAUCUUGUUGAAGAGAUUAAUAUCAAUUUCUAUGAAUAUUUUGAAAUAGAUCAGUCAGCGUCAAGUUCUGAUGUUAGAAAAGCUUACAGACGUUUAUCUCUUCAAUAUCAUCCAGACAAAAACAGCGCUGAGGAUGCAUCAGAAAAGUUUAGACAGAUUGUUGCUGUUUAUGAAGUUCUUAAGGAUGAAAAGAAAAGGCAAAGGUACAACCAAAUUUUGGUGGAAGGGUUGCCAGAUUGGCGACAGCCUGUGUACUACUACCGUAGAGCCAGAAAAAUGGGCAUUUAUGAGCUUGUUGUCCUACUUUGCAUCAUAAUUACAAUAGGACAGUACUUUGUUUCCUGGGGCAUUUAUGUUGAAAAACGCUUAGUGAUGGAAGAAAUUGUCACUUCAAAAAAAAAGAAAGAAAAGAAGAAGAAAAAGCAUACAUCUGCUGAUGAAGAUAUACCAGAUGAUGAAGAACUUAAUUCACUGCCCACCCCUCGAAUAUUAGACUUAUGGCCUUUUCAGCUUUCAAUUUAUUUAUUUUAUACUUUGAUCAACCUCCCAGAAACUAUCAGACAUUGGAAAGAGGAAAGAAAGAGAAGGAAAGAAGAAGAAGAGGCAGCUAAAGCCUUUAUUGAAGAAGAAACUACAACAGAGGUUGUUAGAAAGCCCAAGAAAAGAAGCCCACUUGAACUACCUGAAUACACAAGUGAGAUGUAUGCCAAGCUCUCCGUGACUGUACCAGGUGAGAACAAGAAAGAGACUCAGGGAUCCAACCAUGAUAAAAAAGACACAGAUGUGCAAAAAAAGGGAGAGUGGAGUGAUGAAGAUCUGAUUUUACUGUCAAAAGCUGUGAAUAAGUUUCCUGGAGGGACACAUCAGCGCUGGGAAAAGAUAGCAGAGAUGGUUGGCCGUAGUGUUCAGGAGGUUACAUUAAAAGCUAAAGAAACCAAGGGAAACUACUCAAUGCAUUUAAGUACAGCUGUUCAAAACUCAGUGCCCAGUUUGAACAACGCUAUCAGUGACUACAUCAUCACACAGAAUGAAGAUGGGGAGGACAUUGUGCUCUUCCCUGAUGGCAAUAAUGAAUCUCAGGUCAGGAAAAGACAGCGACCAACCAAGCUGGUCAAAACACCUGAGAGGACCCUGCUCAUAGCCCAGGGUACCACCAGCACCAGUGAGGGGACUAAACUCGCAGAUGUCCAGCCUGACAAAAUCUGGACACAGAACCAACAGACCAUAUUUGAGUGGGCGUUGAAGCAGUUUCCUAAAGGGACAGAAGCAAGGUGGGAGAAGGUUGCUGAGCAUAUACCUGGAAAAUCUAAAGAAGAUUGUAUACGUAGGUUUAAAGAACUUGCGGAGCUAGUCAGUAGAAAAAAGAAGGGGGAACAGUAAAUCAAAUUUGUAUUUAUAAUGAGAUGUUCAUCAUAAGCAAUCUGUGCUUGUACAACUUACAUACAGUUUUAAACUUUACCAAUGGUGUUUCAUAUCUUCCUAAUGUAGCACAUCUUUUACUUAUAACUUAUAGAAGAAACAACUUGCUUCUUUUUACAUACAUAUUAUUAAAGUUUUUCUUAAAUAGUGUAGUUUUAAAUCUGUGAUUUUACAAUCUUAGAUGAAAGUUUGGUCGAUUGUUAACUUGUAUGGAAAUCCCAUAUUUCAAUCCCAUAUAUUUAUUGAUAUGGAUAUCCCAUAUUUGUUGAUGUGGGUGUUCCAUGUUUAUUGUAUGGAAGUGACAUUUUUGUUAACGUGGAAAUUCCAUGUUUGUUGGUGUGGUCAGAGAUUUCUUUCAAAAGUGCAUUUAUUUGUAAUUUAUUGUUACCAUGGUGAUAAUUAGUUUUCUUGUUCAUAUCAAAUAGAAGAACAUUGUCAGUUU